UGGCAGUCUAUGCUCUUACAGUCUGAAGUUCUAACGGGUUCCUUCCUCUUAGUUAUAAAAGUUUAGUGUCCAAAUCAGUAAGACCCGACAAGGCGGGAAGCCUCUGUUAGCUAGUACUUUCUUCUAUUUGCUCUUCAAUCCACACGAAUCGGGUAUACGUUUGUUCAGCGUUUUGCGUCUUGCAUAUAAUCUCUGGGUUUGCUUCAUGAUGCAUCUCGCUCCUCAGGCCAAAGUCAAGGUCGUGGCCUGAGGAUUCGGAACUGUGAAUGAACUCGAUGACACCAGACAGAUGCGUUUCAUGUCCUUGGACUUGGGCCUCAGUCACACAGAUUGCAUGCUCUUCUUGUCCCUGCCUACUAUUUUAAAGAGAAGCAUGAACUUUGCCUACUACAGUCUUCGAGUGAAUCUAUCUCAGGAGAGCAGAGUUGCAAACAUGUCUUGCACAGGCGAAUGGAAACGUAUCAGCUA